AUGCAGCGCAGCCAGUCGCAGAAGCGAGCUCAGGGUCAGGGUCAGGUGACACACAGCCUGAAUGACUGGGGAGUGAUUUACCCGUCUACUCACAUCUGUGCCUUAAAAGGCUCCAGAGUGGAAAUACUCUGCACCUACGCAUACCCUUUAAGAAAAGAUGGCCGUAACACUACUGUUGAGGAAACAUUCUGGUUUUCAAAACAGAGUCCUUUCAGCUAUGUGGAUCUGAGAACAGACCCGGACUAUUCAGGUCGUGUACAGUAUCACCGUGGAAACAACGACUGCACUCUGAGAAUCACAGACCUGAGAAAGAGCGACUCAGCUGUGUACAAGUUUAGAUUUACAACAAACCAAUCAGGUGGGAAAUAUACUGGAUUACCUGGAGUCACCCUGUCUGUGGCAGAUCCACAGCUCCAGAUACAAGUGGGGAGAUCAGCAUGCAUCCAGUUUCCUACCAGCACGGAACUGACAUGUCACAGCAAUGAUCAGCAGGCUGACACUCCUUCCUACAUCUGGUACAAGAAUGGAGUCAAAGUUACAGAAGAGAAAAGAUAUUUCCACCUGCAGACAUUUGGUCGUUCAGACAGAUAUUACUGUGCAGCUAAAGGACAGAAGUGUUUCCGUUCUCCUGCAGUGUAUGCUCCAAAGCCUCCCUCUGUGUCAGUGAGUCCCUCUGCUGAGAUAGUGGAGGGAAGUUCAGUGACUCUGAACUGCAGCAGUGAUGCUAACCCAGCAGCUAACUACACCUGGUACAAGGAGAAUGGAAAUCCUCUCAGUAAAGAAUCACAGUUUUACUUCAGCUCCAUCCGGCCCUCUGAGUCUGGAGAGUUUUACUGUACAGCUGAGAAUGAGCUGGGGAGGAAUUCUAAAAGGAUAACUAUUGAUGUGAAAUAUGCUCCAAGACUUCCCUCUGUGUCAGUGAGUCCCUCUGCUGAGAUAGUGGAGGGAAGUUCAGUGACUCUGACCUGCAGCAGUGAUGCUAACCCAGCAGCUAACUACACCUGGUACAAGGAGAACCAACCGCUGCUUAGAGGACCAGGAGGAAAGUACCACUUCACCUCCAUCAGCUCCAAAGACAGAGGGAUCUACUACUGCAAGGCUGAGAAUCAAUAUGGACACAUCAACUCUAUAUCGCUGUUCUUACAUAUCCAAUAUGCUCCAAGGCUUCCCUCUGUGUCAGUGAGUCCCUCUGCUGAGAUAGUGGAGGGAAGUUCAGUGACUCUGAGCUGCAGCAGUGAUGCUAACCCAGCAGCUAACAACACCUGGUACAAGGAGAAUCAAAUGCUGCUUAGAGAACCAGGGACAAAGUACAAAUUCACCUCCAUCAGUUCCAAAGACAGAGGGAUCUACUACUGCAAGGCUGAGAAUAGACAUGGACACAUCAACUCCAUAUCUCUGUUCUUACAUGUCCAAUCUGCUCCAAAGCUUCCCUCUGUGUCAGCGAGUCCCUCUGCUGAGAUAGUGGAGGGAAGUUCAGUGACUCUGAGCUGCAGCAGUGAUGCUAACCCAGCAGCUACCUACACGUGGUACAAGGAGAACGAACUGCUGCUUCAAGGACCAGGGGGACAGUACCACUUCACCUCCAUCAGCUCCAAAGACAGAGGGAUCUACUACUGCAAGGCUGAGAAUCAACAUGGACACAUCAACUCUAUUUCGCUGUUCUUACAUAUCCAAUAUGCUCCAAGACUUCCCUCUGUGUCAGUGAGUCCCUCUGCUGAGAUAGUGGAGGGAAGUUCAGUGACUCUGACCUGCAGCAGUGAU